UUUGCCCAAUCGUGGUAACACUUGCUGCGGUUCUAAAGAUAGAACGAGCUCACCCGCCAAUUGUAAUUUAUAAAAUCAUUUCAUUUCUUUUCAAUAGAGUCCCACUGACGGUGGCUAAUAGACGACAUCAGACUCUCGUUUUGGUUGUAAAAUACAAAACUUCGUAACUAAGGUAAAAGUUAGCUUUAGCCUUGAAGACGCGUCGAUUAAUUUCCACUAUGGAUCAAAUGAAGCUCGUGGGCCACCAUCAUCUCAGCAAGCUCUUCCACAACAAGUUUAUAGUGGUUUUAGGAGACUCUAUUCAGCGGUCCGUCUACAAAGACAUUGUCCUGCUUUUACAGCACGAGAAAUACCUCAACAACUCACAACUCAAGAAAAAGGGCGAGAUGAGCUUUGAACAGGACUGCCUGGUGGAAGGUGGUUGCCUGAGCCAAUUGCACAAUGGCACAUCUUAUCGGGAGGUCCGGCAGUAUCAGUCCACACACCACCUGGUCCGGUUCUACUUUGUGACACGCAUCUUCUCAGACUACAUGAAGAGCAUCUUGAGAGACUUCCGCCAUGGUUUGAAACCAGAUUUGGUCAUAGUCAAUUCCUGUGUUUGGGACAUUUCAAGGCAUUGUUUAAAAUGGGACGAGAACUACAAGGAGAACCUCAAUAAGUUCUUUGAAGAGCUGAACGAGAUCCUGCCAAAAGAAAGCUUGGUAAUAUGGAACCUCACCAUGCCCCUGGCAGAGACGAUCAAAGGUGGCUUCCUGGUUCCUGAGAUUUCGAACAAAGCAUCCCAUCUACGCCACGAUGUGGUUGAAGCCAACUUCUACAGCAAAAUCCUCGCCAACGCCUACAAAUUGGACGUGCUGGACCUCCACUUCCACUUUCGCUUUUCCCUGCAUCAUCGCACUCGUGACGGCGUCCACUGGAAUGCCCUGGCUCACCGCCAGAUAACCACCCUGCUGACACAACAUGUCGCAGAUGCCUGGGGAGUGGAACUGCCGCUUUUAAAUGCGAACAUUCCUGUUGCUAAUCAGCUGCCAGUCCAUCAUACUGUUCCCAGGCAUGAAGUGUGCCCCCCAAGAAACAAUUUCCAUCGUAAUCCAGCACCCUUCAUGAACUCCAAUUUUAACCCGCUGCCAAACUGGUAUGAAAAUGGACCAUUCCAGCAAUCUCACUUUACUCGAAACUCACUGCCAGACGAGUGUUCUCAUCGCCCCAUGCCUUCAAAUACACAUUUUGGAGAUGGGUACAAGCCCCACCCUUACGUGAUGAAGAACAGACACAGCAGGCACUACUUUACGCCAUACACUCGUCACAGGCCCGGUCAGCAGUUCUAUGAUGAACACUAUUACCAAAAUGUUUACUUUUAGAUCAUCUGCACUAGAUUAGUUUUGAGUUGUCAUUCACAAUUUUCAACUUGUUGCCUAAAUUGUUUUUAAAUGCAGUUGUCAUUAUUGACUGAUUUAUUAUUGCAUUUUGAAUGUGUGACUGUGUUUAUAAUUGUAUUAAAGGUCCUGCCUGGAUUUUAUAACUAAAA